AUGGAUGAUCUUCUGCCUUUGCUAAAAAUUCUAGAGACUUCCUUCCAACUGGCCAUCACCGAUGCGCCAUCGGGCGGAGCCUACAUUCUUCAACCAGAUAUUCCCACAAGAGAAUGGCAAAGAUUCCGUUCUUAUGCGCACCGUAUCCGCAAUCUUGAGAUCCCCCUAUACCGCGAGGAUAUCGAUCCGUCGGUCUUCGUAGUGCUCAAGAGUGUUUUGGCAGGAAUUGCACUAUUUCCCAACUUGCUUGCACUGUACCUUGGAUUAGAACUAGAUGCAUACGGCCCAGAACUCUUGCUAUUCAUAUCUCCAAAGCUUCGCAUUGUUGACGUCGAAACACAUGAACAAUCGGAUGACAGCUCGAGACACCUGCCCUCAGUUGCGAGCAGGAGCAUUGCCGCACAGUUCAUCUAUGGUGUAUGCUCCGAGGCUUCAUCUCUUGAGCACCUCAUCUUCAUAGAUUCCUCAGACCUCGACAUACCAUCUAUUGAGUGCGCAUCCAGACUACGAGAACUGGUAAUAACCGGAUUCCCUAUAACCACACGCUUUCUCUCAUCCGCCGCCAACUUACCCAGUCUCACCACUCUUCAGAUCGAGAUCGCUGAACAGGAGGUUGCAGCAUGCGCGGGAUUCCCGGUCUUGGAAACAUUGUCUCUUGAUGGGACCGUGACCGUGCUCCCGGACUUUGUCAGAAAUAUAGCCUCUCCGCGUGUUCAGAAGUUCCGGUACUACUCGGACUGGGGCGUCGUCAGUGGUCUACACUGCUACAUAGACCUCUACAAGGCACUGGUGUCGAAGUUCUUCCUCUCGCUGCGUGAGAUCAUAAUGUCCUUCUCAUCACUCAGAAAAGAUGAAGACAGUGGUACCUCACCGCUACUAGUGGACUCCAUCUACCCGCUUUUCACUCUCUCCCAGCUCGAAAGGCUUGAACUUAAAAUGUCCGUCUCCGUCUCGAUCACCAAUGCUGACCUGCAAACCAUGACAAUGGCGUGGCCGCACCUCCAGACUUUCGUUCUCUCCGCAUCCCCUGGGAAUGAAGUGCCAUCCAUGUAUGCACUCACCGAGUUCGCACAGCACUGUCCCGAACUCAGAACGCUCUGCUUGCCCUGCGUUGACCCCAGGAUAUCGCCACCCCACGAGCAAGGGUUCAACACUAUUUCGGGACACUCCCUCCAAGACCUCUGGUUUUCACAUCCGCAGAAAUGGACUCGCACGCCAUUCGAAUUGGAGAUCGUGGCAGUUGCACAGUUCUUGGAUGCCUUAUUCCCACAGGUAAACCUUGCCCGGUUCUCUGCCAGGUCUUUUCCCGGGGUUGUGAAGUAUUCUGCAGGAGAUUGGAAGAGGGUAGCUGAUGUGCAGAAGGCAAUGCAAGCGGCUCGCCAAAGGGGUUAG